AUGGACUUUCUACCCAUUUUCUAUUCCAUAUCCCUUUUGUGUUUGGUUGUGUGGCAAGGAAGUGGUGAGCCUGUUGAAGAUAAGGAGGCGUUGCUUGACUUUGUGAACAAGUUCCCUCCUUCUAGGCCUCUGAAUUGGAAUGAGAGUUCCCCGAUGUGUGCUUCUUGGACUGGUGUGACUUGCAAUGAAGACCAGUCCAGAGUAAUUGCAAUUAGGUUGCCAGGGGUUGGAUUUCAUGGCACUAUUCCACCUGACACUAUUAGCCGCCUCUCAGCACUGCAAACUUUGAGUCUCAGAUCCAAUGUGAUAACUGGGCAGUUCCCUUCUGAUUUUUCCAAUCUAAGGAACUUGUCUUUCCUCUAUCUUCAGUUCAACAACUUGUCUGGGCUUUUACCUGAUUUCUCGGCCUGGCAGAACCUCACUGUUGUCAAUUUGUCCAAUAACCAUUUCAAUGGCAGCAUUCCUGUCUCCCUUAACAACUUGCCUCAGCUUGCUGGUUUGAACCUUGCGAACAACUCUCUUUCUGGGGAAAUUCCUGACCUCAACUUGUCAAGGUUGCAGGUGCUGAAUCUGUCCAACAACAACUUCCAGGGAAGUGUGCCCAAAUCCCUGUUGAGGUUUCCUGAGUCUUCAUUCUCUGGGAAUAAUAUUUCCUUUGGAAGUUUUCCUACAGUUUCUCCCGCACCUCAACCGGCUUAUGAGUCGUCUUUGAAGUCUAGGAGGCAUGGAAGGCUCAGUGAAGCGGCACUGUUGGGAGUGGUUGUUGCUGCUGGUAUUUUAGGCCUCGUGGCUUUUGUUUCUUUGACUUUUGUGUGCUGCUCAAGAAGAGGUGAUGAGGAUGAGGAGACCUUCAGUGGGAAGUUGCACAAGGGAGAAAUGUCGCCUGAGAAAGCAGUCUCGAGGAACCAGGACGCAAAUAAUAAGCUAGUUUUCUUUGAGGGAUGUAAUUAUGCCUUUGAUUUAGAGGAUUUGCUGAGGGCUUCUGCUGAGGUGCUAGGAAAGGGAACGUUUGGAACUGCCUACAAGGCAAUACUAGAGGAUGCAACCACCGUUGUUGUGAAGAGGUUAAAGGAGGUAGCUGUUGGAAAGAAAGAUUUUGAGCAGCAUAUGGAGAUUGUAGGAAGUCUUAAGCAUGAGAAUGUGGUUGAGCUCAAGGCAUACUAUUAUUCCAAAGAUGAGAAACUCAUGGUAUACGAUUACCACAGUCAGGGGAGCAUAGCUUCCAUUCUGCAUGGCAAAAGAGGAGAGGAGAGGGUGCCUUUAGAUUGGGACACGAGGCUGAAAAUAGCCCUAGGUGCUGCAAGAGGCAUUGCUCGUAUCCAUGUUGAGAACGGUGGCAAGCUCGUACAUGGAAACAUCAAAUCCUCAAACAUUUUUCUCAACAACAAACAGUAUGGAUGUGUAUCUGAUCUUGGUCUGGCAACCAUAUCAAGCUCACUUGCCUUACCAAUCUCACGAGCAGCCGGCUACCGGGCACCCGAAGUGACAGACACCAGAAAAGCAGCGCAGCCCUCAGAUGUUUACAGUUUUGGUGUGGUGUUACUAGAGCUUCUGACUGGGAAAUCCCCUAUCCACACAACUGGUGGUGAUGAGAUUAUCCACCUUGUGAGGUGGGUUCAUUCAGUUGUGCGCGAGGAGUGGACAGCUGAAGUGUUUGAUCUAGAGCUGAUGAGAUAUCCAAACAUUGAAGAAGAGAUGGUGGAAAUGUUACAGAUAGCCAUGUCAUGUGUGGUGAGGAUGCCUGAUCAGAGGCCUAAGAUGUCUGAAGUUGUGAAGAUGAUAGAAAAUGUGAGGCAGAUUGAUGCAGACCUUUACUCAUCAUCUGGGAACCAAGCAGAACAACUUAAGUUAUCUCAACGUGACAGUGGUAACUCUCCUUCCACUCCCUCCUACUUCCCAAGAGGAAGUGAUUGA